AUGUCUACUGUAUUGGUGUCAGGUGCAAAUGGAUUUAUCGCACAACAUAUUAUCAAUGUGUUGUUGAAGAGAGGAUAUCUCGUCAUUGGGACUUUGCGAAGUGAACAGAAAGCUAUGAGCUUAUUAAAGCUGUUCAAUCACAAGAACCUGAAACUCGAAAUUGUAUCAGAUCUGGCAAAACCUGGUGUAUUUGAUGAAGUUUUACUAAAAUAUGGAAAAGAUCUCAAAUACGUGAUCCAUACGGCUUCACCCUGUCAUUAUGAAAGUACCGACUAUGAAAUUGAUAUGCUAAUUCCAGCAGUGGCUGGGACCCAAUCGAUCUUGAACUCAAUCAAAAAAUAUGCGCCAAAUUCGAUUCAACGUGUUGUGUACACUUCGUCUUUUGCGGCCAUUUCAAAUGUUAAAAAUGCAUACAAUUCGUCUCUUACUCUGAAUGAGGAGUCGUGGAAUGAAGAUUCUUGGUGUGAUACAUUAGAAGAUGCCAAGACUGCGUACUACGGUUCGAAAGUGUUUGCAGAAAAAGCAGCCUGGCGUUUUUGGAAGGAUAAUCAAAAUUCAGUGAAUUUUUCACUGACUACAAUAAACCCAUGUUACGUUUUUGGACCUCAACUUUUUGAUGAGUCUGUUUCUUCAACGUUGAAUGCUUCCUGUCAACUGAUCAACGAAGCAGUUUUCUCCAAAGCCGGAGAUGAUGUCGACCAGAAGUUUGCUAGUUUGUUCAUCGAUGUAAGAGACGUGGCGAAAGCCCAUGUUUUGGCAUUAGAGAAGUCAAAUUUGGCGUGCAAGCGAUUAAUUUUGGCUAAUGACAAAUUUUCAACUCAAGAUAUACUUGACAAUAUAAACAAGAAUUUUCCUCAACUAACCGGUAAGAUUGCCAAGGGCGUCCCAGCCCAUGGUCUGAAAGUCUGUCAGUAUAUAGCUACUGUCGACAAUUCCAAAAGUAAAAACCUUUUGGGCUUUGGGUUCAGGUCUUUUGAAAGCGCAGUCAAUGACACCGUUUCGCAGAUUUUGAGAGCUAGAACUACUUAA